AUGCAUUUUGAAUAUGUUCCUGUUUUUAAUUCCUUAAUUGAUGCCUACUUCAGAUCACUCUUAUGGGUUGGGCCUGCCCUUCUUUUUUCUACUGCCACUGCAAUCAGUAUACUAGGGUGGGAUGGAAAAGUGAGGACCAUUCUCUCAAUUAGUAUGCCUCGUGCAGUCUUGGUUGGUGCUUUGAAUGAUCGGCUAUUGCUUGCUAGCCCGACAGAGAUAAAUCCCAGACAGAAGAAGGGAGUUGAGAUUAAAAGCUGUCUUGUUGGUCUUCUUGAGCCUCUUCUCAUUGGAUUUGUCACAAUGCAACAACGUUUUAAGCAGAAGCUAGAACUAUCAGAAAUACUAUACCAAAUAACAUCAAGAUUUGACAGCUUGCGUGUAACACCAAGGUCUCUGGACAUCCUUGCUUUAGGCUCUCCCGUUUGUGGAGAUUUAGCUGUGUCAUUAUCCCAAUCAGGUCCACAGUUCACCCAGGUGAUGCGGGGGGCCUAUGCUGUGAAAUCUCUUCAUUUUUCAACAGCUUCAUCUGUUUUGAAAGAUGAGUUUCUGCGUUCAAGAGACUAUCCACGAUGCCCUCCGACAUCUCAAUUAUUUCACAGGUUCAGACAGUUGGGUUAUUCAUGUAUCAGGUUUGGACAGUUUGAUAAAGCAAAAGAAAUCUUUGAAGUUACCGCAGAUUACGAAAGCAUGCUUGAUCUGUUUAUAUGCCACCUUAAUCCUAGCGCCAUGAGGCGUCUUGCUCAGAAGUUGGAAGAAGAAGAUCUUGACUCAGAAUUGAGGCGACAUUGUGAAAGGAUUUUACGGAUUCGAUCUACUGGGUGGACACAAGGCAUAUUUGCCAACUUUGCUGCAGAAAGUAUGGUUCCUAAAGGACCUGAAUGGGGUGGUGGAAAUUGGGAAAUCAAAACCCUUGCUACUGCAAAGGAUAUACCUAAGUGGGAGCUUGCUGCAGAGGUGACACCAUAUAUGAAGACUGAUGAUGCUGCGAUUCCAUCCAUCGUUGUAGACCAUGUUGGUGUGUAUUUAGGCUCAAUUAAAGGAAGAGGCAAUGUUGUAGAGGUAACGGAAGAUAACUUGGUCAAAGCCAUCACUAUGGCAGGCAGUGAUGUUAAAGCCAAUGAUCUGGAAUUAUCUCCAAUUAAAUCCCUACGUAAUCAAUUGAAGGGGGUUGAUAAGACCCAAGGUGAUUCACUGAUGGGUCUGGAGAGUCUUAACAAACAGUUUGCUAGUUCUUCUGCUGAUAAACAAGCUAAAGCAGCAGAAGAAUUUAAGAAAUCCAUGUAUGGAGCUGCUGCUGAUGGUAGCAGUAGUGAUGAGGAAGGAUUAUCAAAAACCAAAAAAAUACAUGUUAGAAUUAGAGAGAAACCAAUUGAACCUUCUGUGGAUGUGAACAAAAUUAAAGAAGCAGCUAGUAAAUUUAAACUUGCCGCAGGGUUAACUUCAUCAAGGAGCAGGUCUUUAACCAGUGGAUCGCAAGAUUUUGGCCAGAUUUCAGCCAUGCCACCUGUAACAACAGGAAUGCCUGCUCAUACAGUUUCAACUCCCGGCGACCUGUUUGGUACAGAAGCCUUUACUCGACCAGGAUCAAUUUCACAGCCAGCAACUGGGGCUGAAGGUAGAGGGCCUAUUCCAGAGGAUUUCUUUCAGAAUACUGUCUCAUCCCUCCAGGUUGCUGCUACAAUGCGUCCUGCUGGGUCGUAUCUGUCUAAACUUACUCCUAGUGUAGAAGGCAGCCAGGCAACUGCUAACCAAUUUAGUGCUUCUAAAGCUGAUGUAGGAAAUGUUCCUCCAAAUGCUGUUCAACAACCAGUAGUUUCAAAUGAUCCCAUUGGAUUUCCUGAUGGUGGUUUGCCACCACAAUCCUCGGCUCAGGCGGCAGGCAUGCCCUCAUCACAGCAGCAGGCACCAAUUUCUACUCAACCUCUUGAUCUUAGCGUGCUUGGAGUACCGAAUUCUGCUGAUAAGCCUGCACAAGUUGGGUCUCCACCAUCUUCUGUUCGACCUGGACAGGUUCCUCAAGAGGCUGCUGCUUCUGUAUGUUUCAAGACUGGACUUGCUCACCUCGAGGUCAAUAAUCUUCGAGAUGCUUUUUCUUGCUUUGAUGAAGCUUUUCUUGCAUUAGCUAAGGAACAAUCUCGCGGAAAUGAUAUAAAAGCUCAAGCAACAAUCUGUGCUCAAUACAAGAUAACAGUCACUCUUCUUCAGGAAAUCGGACGUUUGCAAAGAGUUCAUGGUUCAAGGGCAGUCAGUGCAAAAGAUGAGAUGGCAAGACUUUCACGCCAUCUGGGUUCAUUGCCUCUUCUGGCUAAACACAGAAUAAAUUGCAUUCGAACUGCCAUAAAACGAAACAUGGAGGUGCAAAAUUAUGCAUAUUCCAAGCAAAUGCUAGAACUACUAUUGUCAAAAGCACCUGCGAGCAAGCAGGAGGAAUUUAGGAGCCUGAUGGACUUGUGUAUUCAGAGGGGUUUGACUAACAAAUCCAUUGAUCCACAAGAAGAUCCUUCGCAGUUCUGUGCUGCCACAUUAAGCAGACUGUCAACCAUUGGAUAUGAUGUAUGUGAUCUAUGUGGAUCCAAAUUUUCAGCUGUGAAUGCUCCUGGAUGUUUCAUAUGUGGAAUGGGAAGCAUCAAAAGAUCAGAUACAGUCACAGGGUCAGUUGGCCCAGUUCCUUCCCCAUUUGGUUGA